UUUAAGGACAGAACCAGAAUCAAGCAAUUAAAAUAUCCGACAAGAGGUUUCCGAACUCGGUACCGCUUCGAGCCUUCUUCGAUACAAACUUUCUUCCUCCGAGAAUGGCGCCGCAUGAUCUUCGCCGUCCUUUCAAGCGACGACCUAUCUCCGAUCAACAGAGACGCAGAGAGCUUUCACUCCUCCGUCAGUCUCAGCACCGCUCCGACGCCCAGCAGCGAGCUCGAAACCUCGCCUCAUCCGUCAUCUCCCUCCAAUCAUCCUCCUCCUCCUCCCCCGAUGUCGACCCGGAAACACUAUCCGAACCCAUGCCCGACGUCGACACCACCACCGGACACGAAUCGGAAUCCAGUAGCUUUAGCAUCCGUCAAGCUUCGAGUCUGAGAGGACCCGAGGCUCGCAAGUGGUUCGCGAGCCAGCUUAUGUUACCUGAAUGGAUGAUCGACGUUCCUGAGAAUCUGAGCAGAGAUUGGUAUGUGUUAGCGAGACCAGCUGGGAAGCGAUGUUUUGUAGUGUCAGCAGAUGGAACAACUGUUAGUAGGUUACGUAAUGGUUCCGUCUUGCACCUUUUUCCUUCUGCGUUACCUGGUGGUGCUAGGAAGAAAGGUGCUUCUGGUCCAGCACAAUCGUAUUCGAUAUUAGAUUGUAUAUUUCACGAGUCGGAUCAGACGUAUUACGUGAUUGAUAUGGUUUGUUGGAGGGGUUACUCGCUUUACGAAUGCACAGCGGAGUUCAGGUUCUUUUGGUUGCAGUCAAAGCUUGACGAGACUGGUGCUUGUGAUCCGCCUUCUUUUUACCACAAGUUCAGGUUCAGCGUUGUUCCUUUUUAUAACUGCGACCAAAGCGGACUUCACUCGGCUUAUACGGGAUCAUCGCCUUAUGUCAAGGACGGAUUGUUUUUCUAUAACAAGCAUGCACAUUAUCAUACUGGGAAUACUCCGCUGGUGUUGAUAUGGAAGGAUGAGAGGUGUAGUCAGUAUGUCAUUGAUACAGACAACAAUGGACAAGUUCCAAACCAACAACAUAUCGUCUUGGAGUUGCAAGAUGAUGGGAAAAUUGUAACAUCAGAUGAUCCACCCGUCAUAGUUAAUUGCUUGAAUGCAGAUUUUAUAAAACAGUCAGGACUGUCACCGGGAAGCCUUGUUCGAUUUGCCAUAGGCGAUGGAGGGUUGAACUGUGUAGAUGGUAAAUUUGAGAAGGCAGAUUUACAGUAUAUCAGUGUGUCAAAUCGAGCUCGGGCAUUUGCUGAUAGCUAUUCCAAGAUCAUGUUUCAAUAUAUGGCCCGACAUUCUCCUCUGAAAGUUGAAGAUCUCGCGUCGAUGAUUUCACAGGAGAACCAACAAGACAAGCCCCCUGAAGUAGACAUGUCCGAUUGAAGAGAGGAGAGAUUUUUGGACUGUGUGCUGUGUUUUGUGCAAACCAGAGAGUAGCAUUUUUUUAAUAAGAUUUUCAGCUAUCUUUUGGCUUCCCACACGAGACUAUAAAGCAGAAGUCACUUAACAAUUCUCCAAGUAACGUGUGUUAUUUCUGAUUUUUUAAAAAAUUUUGCUCUGUUUUGAAAACAAUUAAUUAAAAAAUUCAGAUUUUUCAGAAAAGAAAACUUGAUUCUCUUUUAUUUUUUGCAUGAUUCACAAUUUCACAUUGAAGAUGCCAGUGGAUUUUCCUCCUCUUUAAGAGCUUAGUUCUUCUCCAUGCAUGGGCCAUAAUCCUAGUCUCUGGUAUAAAAGACAUAAAACUCUUCCACGAGACCUCUGCUUCGGCGGCUGCUGCAGAAAAGAAAAAUCAAUAUCCUCUCAAUGAAUUCCCGGGCUGACGAACAAGAGGAGGACUCGAUGCCUACUGCAAAACCAGUAACUACUACUCUGUUGCAACCAUGUUCCAGUAGAAAAACAAAUCUGAAGAGGCAGGAGAUAAGCAAGGAGAUUAAAGAAUAUUUGAAGAAGCAGAAGCAAACUGAGAAAGAUUCUUGCUGUUAUGGAUGUGAAGAAGCCACCUAUGAUGGUCGUCGAACCAUUUUCGUUAAGGGAUUUCAGCAUUUGCGCCCCAGGGAUGAAAUCAAGAAUGAAUUGAGCAACAUUUUUGGUUCUUGUGGAACAGUCUCAAGGGUUUUUGUUCCCAUGCAGUGUGGUACCUGUGUUCCUUUGGGAUUUGCUUUCAUUGACUACUCAAAUGGCGAAAAGGGGGCGGCGUUAAAACUAAAUGGAAGUUACAUGGGAGGAAGAAAGCUUGAGGUGAAGAUGGCUACUGAUAGUGAUGAAUACUACGGGUUUGUUAACUUUGAUGGGUGUGACCUUUGUCGUGGGCCAGGCAAGCUCAAGCUCAGAGCUCGCAAGCCAUUUGACAUUGACAAGGCUUAUUCCAAAAUUCAGGCCGACUAGGCUUAUUCCAAAAUUCAAGCCAAAUUUCACCACUGAACCUGAGCUUGUUUUAUUUUUAUUAUCUACUCUUUGUAUGAUUUGACUCUGCUAUGCUUUAAAUCAAAUUAUGUAAGAAACUCGUUAGUAUGGAGACUGUGGUUUUCAGAAAGUUUGUUGAAAAAUGAUUUGCCCUUUCCAUUCUCUAUAAUUAUAUGUGAUUGAGUUCCAUGUUGUUUA